AUGAAAACGGCCUAUCUGGCGUCUUUGAUACUCAUUGUAUUGACCGUCUAUGUCUUCAGGUUAGUAGCAAUACUACCUUUUUUCCACACACAAACAGAUACGGAAAAGAACACCCGAAAUGAGGCUAGCGUACUGAGAAUGCACAAGCCGUCGAAGAAACCACUCAAGAUUUUUGUAUUUUUAGGGUCUGGCGGCCAUACAGGCGAAAUGCUUCGUCUUUUGCAGAAUUACAAUGACCUUUUGCUGGAUAAGUCAACCGUAUACGUAGGCUACUCUGAUCAGGCUUCAAAGCAAAAAUUCGCCCGCCUUAUGAAGAACUUUGGUCAUUGCAAAGUGCAAUACUAUGAGUUCAUGAAGGCCAGAGAGGUCAAGGCGACUCUUUUGCAAAGUGUUAAGAGUAUCAUAGGAACAUUAGUGCAAUCUUUUGUGCACGUGAUUCAAAUCAGGUUUGCCAUGUGCGGUUCCCCUCACCUCUUCUUGUUAAACGGGCCCGGAACAUGCUGCAUAAUCUCCUUUUGGUUGAAACUUAUAGAACUCAUUGUGCUUUUCUUGGAUUCCUCCCACAUAGUCUACGUGGAAUCGCUGGCAAGAAUUAACACCCCUAGUCUGACGGGGAAGAUACUAUAUUGGAUGGUGGACGAGUUCAUCGUCCAGUGGCAAGAAUUGAGAGAUAAUUGCUUGCCCAGGUCCAAGUGGUUUGGUAUUCUCGUUUAG